AUGGCUAUUAAACGGCCUGUUCGUCAGCGCAUACGACAAGCGGAUAGUGAGGAAAGUGAAGAAAGUGAUGAAGAGAAUGAUGAAAAUGAGGAAGAAGGAAAUGAUGAAGAUGAAAACGAGGAUGAAGAAGACAAUGAAAUAGAAGCCGGAGAAAAUUCAACGACAAAAAAGGUGGCGAAGAAUUCCGUGAAAAAUUUGAAAGAUAAUUCACCUGAUAUUCUCGUAGAAUCGCUUUUAAAGCCUGCUAGCGAAGCUAAUCACACGAGGGAGGCAAGCAAGAAGUCUUCAGCCUCACCUAAUGAGACUGUGGAAGCCAGCGACACAGUACCCUCCAAAAGAGCCAAACUUACACCUUCAGCACCACCGCCUCAGCUUCCAGCGCAGCAGCCCCCUGCUUACUCUCUUAGUCCAGAACCUAUUGCUUCCUCCGCUUCCUCAUCUUCCUGCUCAUCUCGGGUGCUGACAGAACACCUAGACCCUAUACAUACUUCUGUUAAAUUGGCUGCUGGUUCGCCCACCAUUGCUUCGACUGCCAACUCUGAUGUGAUUUCUGGAAGAACUGAGGAUGCCGCAACGGCGAUGGUUGUAGAACGGACAGGGGCUGCCGAGGUUGCCGCGAAUGGUCCUUUGUUAGGACAACCAAUCAAAAUAAGGUUAACAUUUAAUUUUUAG